UCUACGGAGUAGCGUAAAGGAUUCCAGAGUCAUCGCGAUUGUAGGUCCAUGUUGAGACGAUGCGGUAAGAAAUUUUAAGAUUUCCAGGGUAUCAGCGGAGUAAAGGCACAGAGAUCGAUCGAUCAAUAAGUGAGUAUUCUUUGAGCGAUCGAAACUAUUUGUGCCGCAUCUUGACAUCGACGAGGACGUCGUUCCUCGAGAUACGGAUAACGUUUUUGCCACGCAAUUCGAAUCGAUGUUCCGCGGGAAAUCUCCACCCGGCAUUCCUUGCGAGGAGAAAAAGAACGGGAAAGGAUCCGGGAACUUUCUCCGAAAGUGAAAUCUUCGAUAAUGAGAAAGUCAAGAUUGUCGCAAAGAUACAUUCCUGGAACGAGAUGAAUUCGCGUGUGGUAAGAAUUGCAGCCUUCGAAUAUUUUCCACUGCCACUGCACGUCUGUAAUCCAUUGGAACGCGUAUGAUCUUGUAACAUCCGGCGAAAGCGGCUCGAAGGCAGAAAAAAUGCAGUCUGGAAGUCGGAGAAAGUCGCAGGAGUUCGGAUCCCGUUUAUUAUAAAUUAUUCUAUCCGGCGAUCGAUACCACUCGAAGACAUAAGAAAACGACUUGUCCGUGGCUUCGUCGCGAAUGAAAUUUUGUCGGAUUUAUCAACGAUAUCGGCCAAGCGAAAGUAAACGAGCGACUCGAUACGACAUUGUAUUUAAUUGUAAAGAAAUUGUCACGCGAACGAUCGACUCGUGGAGGGUCGAAUGAGCAUCGCGUGGCCGUUGAAAGACAAAUUUGAUAAAGGAGGGGUCACAGGUCACUGUCAGCCAGAUAAGUUCAGAUAAGUUAAAGAACUGUCGUCCUUGCCCGAAGUCGCGUGCACUUUAUUUGACCGAUUGACGAGUGCCGUUUGUUUAAUCGCGCUAAAAAUGACGAGGACUAUAAUCUACCUUCUCUUUGGCAUAGGUUGACUCAGAGAACGCGAUCGCAUUGCCGCACGAGUCAGGGAACUCGAGGGAACCGACGUAUCGGCGACAAGAGCGAAUAAAUCAACCUCGAGCCGAGAGAAAUGGAAUUGCAGCAAUGCAAGCCUCAAGGUUCGCAAACGGUAAGCGGUAGCCGGGAUUGUACGACGUUCCGGAGAACGGAAAUUUAACGUCGCUCAGGCCCCGGACGUGGGAGUGAUAAUAAAUCCAGUCCGAUGAAUAAAUUGAAAUUACCGUAUCGAUUAAGGCUAAGCGGACGUUGCUCGCGGACCAAGGCUUCGAACUCGGGUCGAGCCUGGCCUCGCGGUUAAAAGCUGAAAAAUAAAGAAAAAGAGCAAAUGGACCGAAGGUGGAACACGGGAAUGAGAAAUGAAACGAGCGAUCUGGAUGAAAUCGGGGAUACCGCGGGCCGAUCUGCCCCUUCCCCGGAGUGAAAGGCUCUUUCCGAAAGAGAAAGGAAGAAGUUCCCUGCGCGUGACACGAGUACGUAUCGAAACUGCAGGGGCAUGGCCAAGUUGUCGCGACGAGUCUCGAGAAGAGGGUCCCGGGCUUCAAAAAGACUGGCUACUCCCAUUUCGCCGGAAACUUCGCCCGCGGAUUGCUCCGAGACUUGGACUCCAGGAUUUUCUCCGGACCCAGGAACCUCUCGGAAAUUUCAGCUCUUGCGGGGAAGUUCGCCAAUUUUUCCCGAGGAAAGGAUCGACAGCUGCCUCCCGAUGUCGCUCUCAUACGUGACCAUCGAGGGCAAAGUGGGCGACAAGCUCGACGAGAUCUUCAAAGUGAAGCGCAGCUUCCUCAGAGUCCAUCCCGGCGAGUGUUUGGUGCCUCCUCAGUUUGUCUUCUAUGGGAAAAGGAUCCGGGAUCUGGAGGUGCGCCAGGACGACGUUUGGCUGGUUUCUUACCCGCGAACCGGCAGCCACUGGGCGCAAGAAAUGGUCUGGUGCAUCGGGAACGACUGCGACUUUGAGAAGACCAACACCCCAUUGAUCAUACGAAACCCGCUCCUCGAGUCAUCGGCUUUACUGGUUACCGGUGGACACACGGAAUGGUUUUCAAAACUCGGCGACUCCGUCGACAACGUCGAGAAGGCGCAGAGCCCGCGUUACAUCAAGUCCCAUUUGCCAUGGGAUUUACUUCCCAGGCAGCUUCACGAGAAGAAACCAAAGAUUAUUUAUAUCACCAGAAACCCGAAAGACACGUGCGUCAGCUUCUACCAUUACUGCAGAUUAUUUCACAACAUUAAGGAAAACUUUGAAGACUUCGCGGAGUUGUUGUUAACGGACAAUGCUCCGAUGGGUCCAUUUUGGAAACACGUCCUCAAAUUUUGGGAAAACAGGAACCAGGAGAAUAUAUUGUUCUUAACGUACGAAGAAAUGACACAAGACCAGGCAGCGGCGAUAAAGAGAGCCGCAAACUUUCUUGGCAAGCAGCUUUCCGAAGAACAAUUGGCCGAACUCUGCGAGCACCUCAAGUUCUCCAACAUGGCGGCGAAUCCCGCCGUGAAUUUGGAGCGCUUUCUGGAGUUGAGGAAGACGGAAGUCGAGGAGGAUCCGGAUAUCAAGUUCAUUCGAAAAGGAAAAGUGGGCGACUGGCAUAAUUACAUGUCCGAGGAAUUGAUUCGCAGAUUCGACGAGUGGACGGAGAACAAUCUGAGAGGUACCGGACUCUCCUUCGGCUUGGACGAUCCGCACGAGGAGUGAACCGAAUAUCUUAAUCGUCAACUUCGCAUAAGCGUACCUGCUAACGUUAACGUUAAUUUUAGUCGCUCCGUGUCUUGCUCGCACAUAAAAUGUACCCGUACCGAUACUCUUAAGUAUCCUACCGAAGUGUAUUAUAUUACAGCCUGAAACGACCGAAUCUCUCCGGGUGUCCAGUAAACUGAAA